AGGCAGCGGGAGCCGGAGCCGGAGCCGGAGCAGCCCCCGGAGCGGUUGGCGACGGUGGGGGCGGCCCGGCGCGGGAGGAGACGGCGCGGCGGCUGUGGCCCCGGCCAGGGCACUGGCAGCGCCUCCGGCACCAUGGAGCCGGGCGAAGUGAAGGACCGCAUCCUAGAGAACAUCUCGCUCUCGGUGAAGAAGUUGCAGAGUUAUUUUGCUGCCUGUGAAGAUGAGACCCCGGCCAUCCGAAACCAUGAUAAGGUCCUGCAGCGUCUCUGUGAGCAUUUGGACCACGCUCUGCUUUAUGGUUUGCAGGAUCUCUCCUCCGGCUACUGGGUCCUGGUGGUGCACUUCACUCGAAAGGAAGCCAUCCGGCAGAUUGAGGUGUUACAGCAAGUGACCACCAACCUAGGGCGCAGCCGGGCCUGGCUCUACCUGGCUCUCAAUGAAAACUCCUUGGAGAGCUACCUGCGGCUAUUCCAGGAGAACCUGAGCCUGCUGCACAAAUAUUAUGUCAAGAAUGCUCUGGUCUGCAGCCACGACCAUCUGGCACUCUUCCUCACGCUGGUGUCCGGGCUGGAGUUCAUCCGGUUUGACUUGGAUCUGGAUGCUCCGUACUUAGAUCUGGCUCCCUAUAUGCCGGAUUACUAUAAACCUCAGUACCUAUUGGACUUUGAAGACCGCCUGCCCAGCUCGGUCCAUGGCUCGGACAGUCUGUCCCUCAACUCCUUCAACUCAGUCACCUCCACCAACUUGGAAUGGGACGACAGCGCCAUCGCCCCAUCUAGUGAGGAUUAUGAUUUUGGAGAUGUGUUUCCAGCAGUGCCGUCUGUCCCCAGCACAGACUGGGAAGAUGGAGACCUCACGGACACCGUCAGUUGUCCCCGCUCGACCGCCUCGGACUUGACCAGUGGAAAGGCCUCCAGGAAGAGCCCCACGCCACGCUACAACCCCUUCAAUGAGGACCGGACAGAGGCUGUGUCCUCCUCCGAGACCACCCCUGUGCACACCUCUCAGGAGAAGGGGGAGACCAGGGCCCUGGACCUGCAAGAGGCCAGCUCAGAGCUGGAGGUGAUCAGGGUCACCAAGAAGAAGAAAACGGGCAAGAAGAAGAAGGCCAGGUCUGAAGAAGAGUUCAGCUCCCUCCCCCCCAACAUAGCCCAGGAGAAAGGCACCAAGCAAGGUGGCGGCGACAGCUUCGUCAACGGCCCCGAGCCCCGAGCGGAGGCCCCGAGCACGGCCCCGACAUCCCCCCAGGAGGGGGGCGAGGGCCCGAGCAGCACGGCCGGGAGCAGCGACCGCUCGGAGCUGAGCCAGAUGGGCCUGCGCAUCCCCGAGAUGAAGGACACAUCUAUGGAGAGCGUGGGCCAGCCCCUGAGCAAGGUCAUCGACCGGCUCAACGGGCAGCUGGACCCCGGCGGCUGGCCCUCCCACGUCGAGGUGACGGGGCAGUCCUUUCGGACCGGCUCUCCCGGGGACACCCCGGAAAGGCCGCCAUUUUGCAACUUUAGCGAGGGGAUUCCGGCCCCAAUGGACUUCUACCGCUUUACCGUCGAGAGUCCAAACGCUGUUACAUCAGGUAGUGGCGACCAUGACGUUACAGGGCCUGGCCAACCGAUACAUGUUCCUGGUAGCGCUGAGGCUGCUGGCCAGGAAGAGGGAGGAAGAGAAGGAGGAAGAGAAGAAGUCACACAGACACCUGCCCCUGUAGAAGGCCCCCCGGAAGCCCCCUCAGAAGCAGAGCCGGCCGGAGAGUGCCCUGCGUCCCAGCCGGAGCCCGGACCCCCGGAGACCAUCAAGAGGGAGCAGCCCAGCCCAGGCGUGAGCAGCGCGGAGGACUCCGGAGUGGAUGAGGGCCAGGGGAGCCCUCUGGAAAUGAGUCACCCAUCCGAGUUCAGAGUUGACAACAACCACUUGCUCCUCUUGAUGAUUCACGUCUUUCGAGAAAACGAAGAGCAGCUCUUCAGGAUGAUCCGUAUGAGCACAGGGCAUAUGGAAGGGAACCUCCAGCUCUUGUACGUGCUGUUGACCGACUGUUAUAUCUACUUACUCCGAAAAGGGGCCACGGAGAAGCCGUACCUGGUAGAAGAGGCGGUCUCCUACAAUGAGCUGGACUACAUCUCGGUCGGCCUGGAUCAGCAGACUGUGAAACUUGUUUGCACCAACCGAAGGAAGCAGUUUCUUCUCGACACGGCUGACGUGACCCUGGCUGAGUUUUUCUUGGUCUCUCUCAAGUCGGCGAUGAUCAAAGGUUGCCGGGAGCCCCCGUACCCCAGUGUCCUGACCGACGCCACCAUGGAGAAGCUGGCACUGGCCAAGUUUGUGGCCCAGGAAUCGAAAUGUGAGGCGUCUGCGGUCACGGUUCGGUUCUACGGGCUGGUGCACUGGGAGGAUCCUCUGGAUGAGAGCCCAGGCCCGGCCCCCUGCCACUACUCCUCUCCGGAGAACGCGGUCACCAAAGAAGGGAUGCUGCACUACAAGGCGGGCACCUCGUACCUGGGCAAGGAGCACUGGAAGUCCUGCUUCGUGGUCCUCAGCAAUGGCAUCCUCUAUCAGUAUCCAGACCGCACUGACGUCAUCCCUCUGCUCUCCGUGAACAUGGGAGGGGAGCAGUGUGGCGGCUGCCGAAGGUCCAACACCACAGACCGGCCCCACGCCUUCCAGGUGAUCCUCACCGACCGACCGUCCCUGGAGCUGAGCGCCGACAAUGAACUGGAGAUGGCCGACUGGAUGCAGCACCUCUGCCAGGCUGUUUCUAAGGGAGUCAUCCCCCAGGGCGUCGCCCCCAGCCCCUGCCUCCCCUGCUGCCUGGUGAUCACCGAUGACCGGCUCUUCACGUGCCAUGAGGACUGUCAGACCAGCUUCUUCCGCUCGCUGGGAACCGUGGAGCUGGCCGACGUGGCGGCCGUGUCCACGGAGCCCGGCAAGGAGUACUGCGUCCUGGAGUUCUCCCAGGACCAGCCGCAGCUGCUCCCGCCCUGGGUCAUCUAUCUGAGCUGCACUACAGAACUGGACCGAUUCCUGGCUGCGCUGACCUCGGGGUGGAGAACUAUUUAUCAGGUAGAACUUCCGCACAAGGCAAUCCAGGAGACCUCCAACAAGAAGAAAUUCGAGGAUGCCCUGAGCCUCAUCCACAGUGCCUGGCAGAGGAGCGAUAGCCUGUGCCGAGGCCGAGCCUCUCGGGACCCCUGGUGCUGAGGCUGGAACUGGACCGUGCCCCUGACUCUGCCUCCCCCAAGAGGAGGGCAGCAAGGGCCCCAGGCGGAGCACAGCUGCUCCCGGAGGGGCUCCCUCCUCUGGCUCUGGAGGGCCUCCGGGCUGGGACGAUGCAGCCCCCUGCGGCCGAGACUGGGUCUUCUGGACGCCUCCUGGGCUGUGUUCCGGGUGCCUGUCUUAUAGGAACAGGGAAGAGACGGAGAGUGAGCCCUAUGGGCUCUGCAGCUGCCCUCCCCCCCAGACCCAGAUUGGGGGGUAUUCUGCUGGCUCUAAGCCAUGACAAUAAUAAUAAUAAUAAUAAUAAUAAUAAUAUACAGAUAUCCUAUAAAAGGCUCUCACCGAGCUGGCUGGAGGUCCUGUCUCCGCUCUUGGGCAUUGGACAGUGGCCAGGGGUGGGCAGAGCAGGUACAUCUCAGGAGCGCCACCCCUCCCCCCAAGCACCCGAGCACUUCACCUGCACAUGCCCCGAGUUUGUGGGGGGAUUUCUGCAUGUUUUCAUCUCUUCAGCCUCAUCCCAAAGUGCACGGCUUCAUGCCCGCGCCCCGUGCAGAGGGUGUGGGGGGGUGCCUUCUGUGGGUGCCUGGCACCUUUCACACACAGCUCCUCCCCACCCCCCAGAGACCACCCUGCUCAGGGCCAGAGGAGAUGCCCGGAGUCGCAGUCCAGGAGGGGAAGCUGGAGGAUUGGGGGUCAGGAGGAAGGGGGUGCCGCCCUCCCCACCUCCAUCCCUGAUCUUGUCUCCUCCACGAGGAAGGGGUUUCGAGGCAACACGGGGCAAGGCGAAAUCUGGAGAGGGGCUGGAAUAAAAAGGAGCCCUGGGGAAGAGGGGCCCUCUACUCUCUACCACCACUGCCCCUUCCUCCACAGGAACUUACAGGAAUAGCCACAACUCCCCCUCCCUUUGGGAGGGAGGGACGGGAAAGGGUUUGGGUAUUUUUUUUUAAAUAAAAGACAUUAUAUUA